CGCUCAUUCGUUGUGUUUGUGUUUGUGAUUGUAAAUAAAGGCCAAACAUUCAGCGGGAAACUGUUAAAAUCAACCUUUAAACCGGAAUGUAGCACCUCGAAAGGGAGCAAACAUCAACCGCAGUGUUCAAUUAAAUUAAGUGACUGGACAAGCGGGGCUUUCAGCGCCCAGGGCACAAGAAUAGACGGCUAUAAGAGGUGGGCAGGAAGUGGGAAGUGCGUUGAUUGACAACAAACAAGGCGAAAGACGAAAAAAUAUAUAUGUAUAUUGUGUGUGUGUAUUGGCCAAAUGAAGCUCGCGCGUUGGUCAUAAAUAUUAGUAGCAGAAAAUCCAAAGUUUUGAGCCAACGUUAUUCUCACACACAACACUCGUUCGCGAGCAGAUCUCUUCGCCACCUCGCACUCGCUCACUCUCCCUCUCUCGCUCCCACACAAGUGAAAUAGUCUCGUCGGCCUGUCGAGGCGGUCGGUUUUGUCCGCUAUCGUUCGCCGAGUUAUUGAUAUUGGAGGGUGUUAACGGACUGCUUUUGCACCUUAUACUGGUGUUAUCAUGGCUGCGUCUCUUGCAAACUUUUUAAAGCGGACGCCAGCGAUAUUUGGUUCUCAUUUCGGUGUGGAACGGUAAAGAACCUGCGUCGAGACGGCAGCGAUUUCCGCCGCAAUUCGCAAGAAUAACACACAAAAAUAGCCAUAUUUUUUCCCCAAUCAAAAGCAGUGAGUUUGUGUGCGUGUAUGUGCAAAUACAGGAAGAGAUCGGAUCUGAUCUAAAAGAAAAAUCGAAAGAAAAUACGGUGUGCAAAAGAAAAGUGCAAAGCGAAAGUUUUGAUUGUGCAGCAUCCGCCAUCUCGCUCUGGCUGGCGCGCGUGUGUCGCCCGACUAACGGUAACGCCUCGCCUCGUCUCGCCUUGCAUUGCCUCUCGCUCACUCCAACGCCAAAAGCCAACACCAACACAUUCCAAGGAAAGCGAAAAGCGCGAGCGCGUGUGUGACUCAAGUGAUUUUUGAAUUUCGAUUUUGAUUUCCAUUAAAUAAAAACCGGAGGCUGGCCAGAUGUGUUUAUUAAAUGAUUGCGCACACUGUAUGUUAUUAUGGCCCUAUUGAACAAACUCUUCUUUCCCUCGGCAACACCAACAACACCCGCAAAUUUAGCGGCGGCGCCCACGCUGACCGCGUCCGCAGCAGCAGCGGCAGCGUUAAUUAACAGCCAAACAACGACAUCAGCGGCAGCAACAGCAACAACAGCUUUGCCGGCACGUCCAACUCACUCCUCUGUCGGCGGCGGCAAUAGUUCGUCGUCCGCAAAAGCUACAAAACAAACUUCGCGAAAUUAUCUAAGUCGUUUCCCCUUCGAGGGCAGCCAGGUGCGAGUUUUGCUCUACAAAGAGGAUGACAGUCGGCGCCUACUCUUCGACUCAAAUGCCCUGCAGAAGGUGACCCACAGGGACUCAUCGGCCACCUCAGCAUCGGCAGCAUCCUCAUCAUCAUCCACGACGAGUGGCGGUGGAAAGUUCCUUAAAAAUGAAAAGUACACGUCGCUGCAGCAGAAUGGCAAGAUUCAGGCCAAGGCACAUUCCACCAACGGCAGCAACUUCAUCGAGGUGUGCGCGGAGUAUGGCUACAAGCACAAUCGACCCUCUGGAGCGGACAUCACACCGCUGGGCGAGAUGGUGUUUGGCUCCCUGCCCAUGUCCUUUUGCGGAACGGCCCUCAAGGUACACUGGCUGCCGGAGCCGGCGAGGAUACUGUGCUCUCAGGUCUACCUGACGCCCACCAGCAGUGGUUCCGGGGGUUCCGGCCAUUCGCCCUACUCCACGCUCUCCAUGAACAGCCUGGCGACGCCGCGCAGCUCAAUAUGCAGCGAACUCGGCUCCAUGGACGGUCUUUCGAUGAACUCGUUCUCGAUGCCGUUCAGCGUGAGUGUGGGCCGUCAGAUGAGCUUGACGCCACCGCUGGAUGUACCCGCAGCACCGGCGGACCAGCAGUCGCUAUCGAUUCAUUCGAUCGACUCGAGUGGGCCGCGCUACUCCUCCACAUACAGCACGGCCACAGACUCGGGAUAUUCGGCCAGCGGGAGUGGCAGCGGAGCUGGCGUGGAUCAGUGGUCCUAUCAGUACUCUUCCACGCGCAGCAGCUUGGGGAGCGUGCUCUCCGACCAGUCGGAUGCGAUGAGGAAGCUCAGCGUUGACUCGGCCUGCUACUCGGGCUCCUCGCCUUACCUGGACGGAUUUGCCAGCGAUGGCUGCCUGCAGCGACGAAUCUCACGCAAUUUGCGCACCUCCUUUGAGAACGAGCAUUCCAAGAACGAUUUUAUCGGCUUCCUAAGCGACAAUUAUGCGAUGGCUUCAGGCGGAGGUGGUGGUGGUGGAGCUGGAGGAGGCAAUGGCAGCGGCGGCAGCGAGGGCGGUGGCAUGGCUCCGCCACAGUACAGGCGCGCCAGCUACAGUGCGAACGAGUCGCGUAGCAAUCCGGAAAUCGGCCGGCGACAGGCCAACAUGCGUCGCAGGGCCAAGCUGGGACUGGCCGUGUGCAUCUCGAUGAGCGAGUCCUUCGAGGAGGAGAUGGAGCUGUUCUGCAGCGAGCAUAUUGCCCUGCUGGAGUCCAUGCUCAGCCGACUGAGGGCCAGCACAGAGCAUGCGUACAUCAAUCACAAGAACUUCCUGCAAAUCAUGUUCCAGGCGUGGCAGGAUACGCAACAGUGGUUCAGCGAUCUCUUCACCGCUCCGCGCAUCAAGACGCCCGUCUGGCUCAGCAUCACCACCAGCGGCAGCAAGUACUCCAAGACUGUGGCCGAGAGGUUCAUCAAGGAGCUGUGCGACCUGCUCUCUUUUGCUGACACCAAGGACUCUAAUUUCUUCAUCAGCACCAUGCUGACGGGGAUUCUCACGCAUCACCUGGGCUGGGUGGCCACCGUUUCCGCCUUCAAUAGCGCCGGCUCCAGGCGAUCGGAGUCCUCCGCCUCGGCGGCUGCCAUUGAGCAGCGGGCCAAGCUUAUCCAGGUGGCCCAGAAGCAUCCGUACAACGCUUUGUGGGCCCAACUGGGCGACUUGUAUGGCGCCAUCGGCAUGCCCCCAAAGCUGGCGCGCACCAUUGUUUGCGGAGCGGAGAAGCUCUGGGUGGAGAAGCUGCUUAACGUGCUCACCUACUUCAUACGCUGCAGCGAGGUGCGUCGAGCGGCCAAGCGAGAGGACUUCAACAAGCAACUCAUCAACGAUCUGGUUGUGGCGCAAGGCCAGAGCCAAAGUCAGACUGGUGCCGGUCAGGAGCGGCACAAAAGUCCUCCGACGCAGAUGCGGGGACUGAGCAGGGCGGCCACCUGCAAGCAGAAUCUGAAUGCCAUUGCCGAUGAUGCGGACGACGAGGAUGGCGAACUGAAUGGCUACGGCGAGGAUGAUGACAGCGAUUUGAAUCGCGAUGGGAUGGAUCCGGGAUCCAUAGAUGCCAGGGAUGGCAUGCAGACGCUGAAGAAGAACGAGAUUCCCACAGUGCUGGCCUUCCGGGAUUCGCAUUUUGUGCAGCAGGAGCUGCGAAUUGGCAACUACCUGAUGGACACGGGCAUUGACAAGAAGACGCUGCUGGCCCGCCAGGCGCAGCAGUAUUUUCGCACUGGCAAGGACGGCCGGAUCCGUUUGACAGUGACCACGCCAGAUAACGUGGAGCUGUGCAUGGAGGAGGAGCAGUCGAGCGGCACCACUGGCUCUGUGGGCACAGGCUCCGUCGAUGACGGGGCCAUCGAGGCCAUCGAGUUUAUCGAGGACAACAACGUGGAGGCGCCGCCGAAGAAGAACUUCUUCUGGAACAUGGUGCCAGUGGCGGGGGUUAAAGAGGGACUCAGUCUCAGUGAUCUGGCCAAGCUGCAGCAGGGCAUCCGGAUUAUCAAUCGUAAGCUGGAGCGCCGCUGCAGCAGCUAUUCCGUAGAGGGCGACCAGCCGCUGAUCAAGGCGGGCGGCGGACCCACUGACUUUGAGCCACUGAGCCACGAGAGAAGGGCCUCGCAUCUGUCCCUUUCGGAUCUCAUCACCCAGAACAGCAUGGGCAAGAGCGAUCGCAUGACCUGGGGCAUCGAGCCCAUCAAGGAGAACGUAAGUCUGGAGGAGCAGAUCCACUUUGACCACUGCCACAAGCUGAUCGAGCGUGAGCAUGGCAUUUGCCGGCAAACCUCAGCCGUUGACAAUGGCAAUGGCGUUGUCUUUGUCCUCGGCGACAACGAGCCGCUGGUCAAUCUAAAGAAGAGCAGCGAAGAUCUCAGUGGGGACCACGACACCAAACCUGGCCUGUUGCUCUGCGCCCAGCAUCAGCGCACCCACGACAGGAGCAAGCACUCGGGCAUGAAGUUCAACUUUGAGCAGUAUCCGCAGAUUGCUACCAACUACAUGAAGAGCAAGAACCUGGUGAUGUCCAACUACGAUUUGCUCAUGGACAAGGCCACCAAGCUGGAGGCCAGCGAGGCGGCGGCAGCUCUCAAGGGCAGUGACAGUACGGCCACCUUGGCGGCCAGUAGUAGCUCCACAGCCGCCCCGCCGACGCCUGUAACUCCCACGGCCACCACCACCACCAGCACGGAUCGCUGUGUGGUCUGCAGCAGUGGCGGUGGCGGGCUCAGCUCCUCGGCCACCUGGAACCAGACACCCUCCAACGCCACCGAGCUGGAGUUUGAAACCGACGAGGUGCACUGCUACAAUCAGAAUGUGACCAGCUCCAAGGUCCUACAGUCGGUGAACUCGGCGGCCUCCAUUGACACCCUCAAGUCGGCCGAGCCACUGAUUCCGACGACACCGCAGACCACGUACAUGCGUAAGCAGCAGCCCAAGCGGGUGCCCUCUGGGCGCAGCUCAGUGUCCUCGGUGGCCGCCAAGUGUGCGGCGGUUAAUGUCACCCAGCAGCUGCUGAAGUUGCCCGUUCCGGGUGUGAAGGAGUUGCCGCAGGACGACGACUCGCCGGGCGAACAACUGCGAGCCGGCUUCAUUCCCUCGCUGCUGCUGAGCGUCAGCGAUCACUAUGUCUCCGACAUGGUACUCCAGGGCACUUGUGCUCCGCCCAAUAAAUGGGAAAUGCAUCUGCGUGAGGAUCUGGCUUUGGCCGCGCGCUCUGCCUCGCUCAUCUCACAGCCGGCGGAGAAUAUAGCCAUUGUGGCGGACAUGGACAAGUGGGAUGUGCGGCUCAUAUCGUCGCAAACGCAGCAGUUUCCGUAUGCCGGUGGCCAGAGCUCGCCGGUGGGAAUGUCACAGCUGGUGUCCAGCAUGUUGGAAACCGUGCAGGCCAUGCAUGCCGGUGGCAUACCCGCCUAUGAGUGCCUGUCGUUUCUGGAGUCCAAGUUGCAGGAGAUCUAUCUGCAAUCGGAGACCCUGGCCGCCUUCCUGUUGGAAACAGAUCCCUGCCGGCUGAGCGAUAUCACCAAUCCGCUGCAGCUGUCCGAGAACGAUGUGCCGCUGCUGCUGUCCAUCGCCUAUAUACACACGCCCAAGAUCAGCCGCAAGUGCGGCAUCAGCUUCAGGUGACAGGUAACAGUCGCCGCCAGCUGAAGACCCCUUCAAUCAGCCUCUGCUCUCAUCAAGGCAUCAUCCAAAAAGCGAAACAUGCAAAUACUCCAGCGAAUUUUCAUUUCACUGAUUUUGUGAUAUAUAUUUAUAGACGUGAGUGAAUCUAGCGCCUUAAUGCAGGAUACGUUAGUGAGCCAUAGCUUAGCCUUAGUCCUCGAACCAGACCACUUCAUCGAUUCAUCGAAAUUUACCACAUCCACUCAUCACGCUCCCAUGAAGAAGUAUUGUAAAUUAUUUGGGUCAGAUUGCGCUGGCGAUGGCCGGCUUAGCAGCACUCGACGGGGCGCUGCUAUCGGAUCGAUCGGACGCCAAAAACAUAUCUUGCCCCGCCCCCUCCCCCCAAUUUUGUAGUGCUUGAUUUAGAUUUAAUAAUUUAUGACAGCCGUAAUAUAAUCAUAGAAUUAAUUGUAUACAUUUACAAUAUGCCUAGGGAAGGAGUGCAGCCACUAAAGUAAGUUAAAGAGCAUUCGAGGAAGUACCUCGAGGAUAUGCAGACAAAAUGUGUAUAUAUUUUUGCAAAGAAGAAUAUAAACAAAAACUGAAAAUA